AUGUUGGGUUUGCGGGAAGCCGGAAUCCUGAGCGCCUCCGUGGUCCUGGCGGGGGGGGUCGCCUACCUGAUCUGGAGCUACGGGCCCUCCCCCUCCCGGGAGGACCGGGACAAAGGCCCGGGAACGGCCGGUAAGGGAACCGGAGGAGAAGAAGAAAAGGAGAAGGGCGCGAGACGGGUAACGGCUUACAGAAAUCCGACCACCAUGUUGGGUUUGCGGGAAGCCGGAAUCCUGAGCGCCUCCGUGGUCCUGGCGGGGGGGGUCGCCUACCUGAUCUGGAGCUACGGGCCCUCCCCCUCCCGGGAGGACCGGGACAAAGGCCCGGGAACGGCCGGUAAGGGCACCGGAGAAGAAGAAGAAAAGGAGAAGGGCGCGAGAAUCCUGGAGCUGGCACGGCACAAAACCUCAAAAACGGUUUGGGAGACGACGCCUUGUGGGACUCUGAGAUGGGGGAACCAGGACCCCAUUUGGCCCGUUUCCCCCCGGGUCCAGGCCCCCAGCGCCAGGAUCCAGGAACUGUCCAGGCCCAAGAGAGACCUGUCAGCGGGGGGGCAGUGGAGGAAGGAGGAGAUGGCGCCCUCCUCCACCCCAAACCAACGGUACCACAACACGGUGCGUCUGUCCACGCCCAAAAGCAGGAACUGUGAGGAAGUAAGUGGUUCCUGGGAUGUUUUGGGGUUUCUGGGGUUUUUUGGGGUCUCUUACGGUCCAGAUGGGGUCCUCGGGGCGCCCCAGUUGGGAGCAGGAUUUUCCCCCCCUCAUCCGGGGCAGCGACAGCUGCACGAGUCUCUGGGAGGUGGGGGUCCCUCUGGGGGCCGAGGUCUCUGCGGUAACACAGAGAUCCAGAGCCAGCGUCCGUCUGCAGGCUUUAGCCGCCCCGAAAACGCUUCCACAGGGUUACAGACCCCCCCGAGACCCGGGGGGGUCCUGAGUAAGAUCUGGGCUGAGAAGGGCGCGAGGCGGGCGGAAGCUACGUCCCAAGGAGCCGUUAUUCCCGCCGAAGCCCAGAAAACGUCAGAUAAAGAGAAAACGUCAACGGUAAAAGUGCCUGAGGAGCCCAGGGGGACCCAGGUCCUGGUUCUGGGUCUGGAGGGAGCCGGGAAGACCAGUCUGCUGCACUGCCUUUCUGCCGGCGUCCUUGAGCAAGACAUCGAGCCCACGGGGGGGUUCAACGCCGUGUCCGUCAGCCGGGACAACCUGGAUGUCGAGUUCUUAGAAAUUGGUGGCGGGGCGGGGCUAAGGCCCUACUGGCAGAAGUACAUGUCCAGGGCGCUGCUGCUGGUUUUCGUGGUGGAUUCCUCCGACCCGAAGGUGUUUCCGGUUGCUAAGCAACACCUGAUGGAGCUGCUUAGCAACAGGCCACGCCUCCCCCUCAUGGUGCUGGCCAACAAGCAGGACCUGCUCUAA